CGUUUGGUUGAAUUUGCGACAGUUUCCAAUCUGAUUCGAGCUCGGCUUUACAGCAAAGUCCCCACCAUGAGUGAAAGCACACGGCUCAAGAGCACGGUCUACGUGGGCGGCCUAGACCAGGGCGUGACGACCCAGACUUUGGCAGAGGCAUUCGUUCCAUUCGGCGAAGUGGUCGACAUUUCUCUCCCCAAGCCAGACGCACCCAACUCCUCUGACGUCCACCGCGGCUUUGGGUACGUGGAGUUCGAUCUGCCGCAGGAUGCCAAAGAAGCCAUCGACAAUAUGGACGGCAGCGAGCUCUAUGGACGCACCAUCAAGGUUGCAGCCGCCAAACCACAGAAGGACGCCAACGAGGGAUUGGGCAGCAAGACCGCAAUCUGGGAGCAGGAGGGCUAUCUGGCCAAGUAUGCAGUCAGUGAUGAGGACCGACAAGCCGCCGAAGAGGCUCAGGCCGAGAGCAGCCGCCCGCAAGACCCGAUGCAGGGGUUGGAACAGCUCGACGUUGCCGGCCCGAAGCCCGAAUAAUGUACACUACUAUGAUGGCUACGAUAAUAAUGAAAGACCACGAAUACAUCCUUUUUUCCGGAAUACACCAUCAAAAUUCAGCC